AAAACUGCUUAAUUUAUGAGAGACAAAAGAAGAAAAAUAGGGGUGGAAAAAAGGACCCGGUUUUUCAAGAAAUGUACGGAAAUAGACGGAAAUGUACGAGCAUUUCUGUUGUCUGGUAAAUCGAUGAUUGUUCAAAACAGACGGACUGUGGACACAAUUAAUUGUUAUUGGAUCUGCCACCAUGAAGAUGACAGCUGGCUGGAGACAUUUGCUGGUGGCAGGAGUGAUUUGAUGAAUAAUAAUGAAAGAGACAGAUUUUCUGACCAAUGCAACACAUUCCCUCAGAGCACAUCUUACAAUGGCAACAGAAAUCUCUACCAAACAGGCCAUCAACCCUCUAGUUUUCAGUCCAUCGAUAAAACAGCAACGUCCUACUCAAAGCCAAGUAUUGAAAGAAAUAUCCCAGGUAGUAAAAUAUCUGGCCCUGUAAAAAGGGGACAGUACCACAUUCAACAAAACAACAAUAACAAUAAUAAUAAUGUUGGUAUGAUAAGCAGGAAACCAAUGGAGCGUGCAGCACCACCACCACCACAACCACCAGUUGCACCUCCUACAACCUCUAACAUUAGAUACUCUCCGAGACAACAAACUACAGAUUGUUCUUCUACCAGGUCAAGCUAUAAUUGGUCAUUUUCUGCUCAGUCCUGUAAAUCUGUCUCAUCUCCUCAAAUGUUUGGUGGUGAAUCAUUUAUUCAGGAAGCUAAUGUUGCUGAAGUAGCACCUACCUUUAACAACCGACCAAGUAAUGAAUCUAAACAUAGUCCAGGCUAUUCUCAGACCAACACAUUGUCAAAGGUUAAUGUGAGUGGCGUGGCCACCACAGCCAAUAAGAAGCCAAGGCCUACAGAGAAAGCACUCAGUCCCAUCAAUCCCAUCUUUACAACUUUUAUCAAAGAACUGAAAAAUAACUACUUGAAGUACAAAGAGAAAUUUCAUAUCAUCUGUGAAGUUUAUGGUGUGCUGGAUUCUGCCGUUCUUCCUGAUCGUAACCUCUCUGGCAGACAGUUCUUACUCCGUGACAAUUCGGAUUCUAUAGAAUGUGUCUUCUAUGAAAUUGAUAGGAUGUUACCUCGACUGAUUCGUGGUCAUUGGCUGAGGUGUGUUGGAAUGAUUGAUAAUAAAACCAAAAGGCUUCACUGUAUCAGCAUUCGACCGGCAACAGUUGAAGAGAGGAAUUUGCCACAAAUUAUGGCAUUUCUUCAACAAAACUAUUUAAACAAUUUGGACAACAACAACAGUGGCUAACAAGUAUUUCCUGCUGAGAUCCAAGACAUUCACUGGCCAACAUGGACAAAGCAACACCACAGCAAACGAUUGUGUGUGAAAAAAAGCAUAUUUAUUUUGUUUUCCAAACCAUUCCCUGUUGGAAGCGGUCUCUAAUUCUGAACAGUUCCUAUUUCCAUUGAUACCAUGUUUUUGCUUCAUAAUAAUAAAGUUUUGUUACUGAAAA